ACAUCCUCCAAAAAUCAGACCUCAAAUCCGCAAUUACAGCUCUCAUCGCACCGCAACUCCUCCUCCUUUCCUUUACAACGGUGGCUAACGGCGGCGGUUGUGGCGGCGGCGGUGGUGGUUGUGCAGGUGGAUGGCAAGAAGCAACAAGUACACCUCCCUCAAUUUCAAUGGAAUUUUCGAGAAAAAGCUGAGCAACAACAAUCAUCAAUCCACCACCAACACCCCUUCCUCCGCUAAAUCAUUCUCCAAUCAGAGCAAAACCGUCUUAUCCAAUUCUCGGAUCCAUGGACAUAUGCUCGUUUUGACCAAACCCACGCCCAAGCCCAUCUCCAUCCCUCACAAAUCCCAAAUUAAGGAGCAGAUCUCCUCUCCGCCUCCAGAUCCAAUUAAACCCGAUUCGAUCUCCUUACGCCCGCAGGGCCGGAUCGGAUCCGCUCCGCUGCUGAGCUCGUCAGCCUUGCCUUCUCCUGUGUCGCCGCUGCCGUCAAAGUUCGUGCCGCCGCAUCUCAGGCCGGGUUUCGUCGGGAAAGAGGAGAAGCCGGGGCCGGACCUCGUCAAGGGCGGUUUUAAGGCUAAGCCGGAUUUCAGAGGACAGAGACCGGGUCAGGGUCAGGAUCCGGGGAAUUACCGGUCCGCAGCGAUCGAGGGUAGACCGAAAUCGGGAGGUGGAUAUGACCCGAUAAGGAGAGGCCGUGAGUUUUCGGAUCCGAACCGCCCUAGUUCGAGUGGGAACCGGCCCAAUUCUAGUGGAUGAUGGUGGGGAUUCAGUCUGUGGAGUUGUGGGUGUGGUAGAAUGCUUCAACUCUUUUCGGAAUGGAACAUGGAUGGAUUCUAACACAGCCGUCAGCUUUAUCGCCAGAGUGUUUCUUGCUUUGAGCUUUGAUAAGUAUCUUCUAUCUUAGGUCCUUUUCAAACAAUGUCAAUAAUAAAGGAGACAACUUUGAACUGUAAUAUUUUCUUUUGUAAUGCUGUGUGUUACACUGAUUAUUGUGAAAAUAUUUUGGAGGAAUCGUAUUUCCUUCCUAUCUGUA